AAUUGCCCGGUGUGCGUGCAUAAUCUCGAGCUCGCAUGUGCAGUGUCCUCUAAGAGUAGUAGGAUUAGUCGGCAACAAGAUGUCACUACUGUUACUAGGAUUAGUACUGAGCCUGGCGAGUGCUCAGUCUUCUGUCGUAAACUCGUGUUCGGGCCGCGGGUCGUGUCAGCGGCACCUCCGGCCGCUCGCUCCGUCAGAUUCUACGGGAGACACCUCGGAGGACCGCGUUCUCGGCAGACUACUUUGCCACCUGGAGUGUCUGGACAGCGUAAGAGACCAGGAAAACGGGCUCUCCAUGUGUCAAAAUAACUGCUCUACUUUCAUGCACAAUCCGGAUGUUAUCCAACCUACUGAUCCCCCACCUGUCUCUGAGCCAGACCUGAUGGAACGGAAUCAGGACGGACUCUACGUCAUCACCAUACCUGGCAUGAUGUCAACAGGAAGUGAUGCAGUGCUAAUUGGGAGUGGAGAGACAGGAAGUGGUGGUGGAUUAAUGACAGGAAGUGAAUCUCCUCAUCUGGAGGUGUAUGUAGUCAGAGUCAGCUGGCAUGGAAACCAUACCUAUUUCCCACUUACCUCGCGACAGGGAGAACUGGACUUGUCUCAGUUCUCCUGCUCCCAGAUCAACGUCUCGUAUGCGGUCCUAUCAUCGUCGUCAUUAGGACUCUCUGACUAUUCUCCCCCAGCCACCACCUGUGUCUUCAUCCCUCUUGUGGAUGCACCUGCAGCAGAGAAUCUGACUGUGGUGUUUGAAGAGAUUGCCGGGAGGAGAGACUUACUUCAACAGGCCAGGAUCUUCGUUUCGUGGGACGCCCCCUAUGAUGCCACGAGAGUCCAGGCCUAUGAACUGACUGUUAGUCUGACAUCCACCGAUGAGGACAGUUGCACGCAGAAAGCUCCAUUUGUCUACGAUCUUGAUCAGGUACACACACAUACAAUACCUGAACCAUUAUGGUAUUAUGCAUUAGUAAUUAAUUGAUGUGAUCACAGGGUCAGGCAAACAUUACGAUCGAGCCAACUGGAGACAAGAGCACAUCUGUUCUCCUCAUGUGUACCUAUGACUUUGAGCUCAAUUCCCUACCAGGAAACAAGAGUGUGUCUCUGAAUGUGCUAGUUGAAUGUAAGCUAACUCAAGCUCUUUGUAUAACAGGAACAUGCAUGUACAGCACCGGUGGGAAAUUAAACCAAAAGCCAUCUUUGAAAUUCUGCGGAUAAAAACAUUUUACUCAUGUGGCUGAUAUACUGGCCCACUGCAUGCAAAUAUUGUUUCCCGUCAAAUUCCUUCUAUACAGCUAAAUUACGAAUUACGUAUAACUAUUCACACAGACUCUAGAAGUGACCGGAGAUCUUUUGAAAAGCCACCAAAGUGUGACGGGAGAUAUGUGCCCGGGAGUGUCAGCUACAACCUCAGCAUCUCGUGGACCAUAAAAGAUCGGUUGGUUCUGGAGGCAGUCGAUGAAUACAGUGUCUCUCUUACACCCUUACAUUCUUCACUGAACCUCAACUUUCUUGCGCAAAGCACCAGAGAGAGUUUUGAAGAGGGGCAGACUGAUUUUGUGUUUUAUUUCAACCUGCCAGUUGAGACAGAGAAACUAUUAGUAUUAAUGACGGUGCAGCCAAUCAGACCUUCAAGAAAUGACGACUACUUCUGGAGAAAAGUAAUCGUACCUGGAAAAGGGGAGUGUGAUGUCACAACAGUCGCACAUCCCCCGGUCCAAAUCUCACGCGCCAACGUCUCAGUCCAAAUGUAUCCCGUGUCGUCGAGCGUACUCAAUUUCAUUCUCACGUGGGCCCCGCCCACUUUCCUAAACGGGGACCUGGAGCGAUACGAGAUCUGUAUCGGGGAGGAUGGGGUCACGGGGUCAGCUACCUGUGUCCAGCCAUCUGACUGUCUGUACCUCCACGCCAGUGAGAGUGACUCCGCCAAGAAUCUGGUGGGCUGUACUCAACUCGGUGUAGUGGACUCGCCGCAGGAGCCCACCACUGACAUUGGCUACCAUGUGGUGGCCGAGACUGAACUACUGUUCCUACAGAUCCGUGGAGUAAACUCCUUCAAUCUGCUGGGAGAGUGGAGCGAUCCACUGCUCAUCUACAACAGCUCAUCCGAUGCUAGUGGAGCACAGGGGAGCGGGUCAGAGGCCACUGGCAAUAGAGAGUGGAUCUAUGUGGUGGUGUCCAUGCUGUGUCUGGUAGUGCUGGCUCUAGGGGCCCUGCUGGUCCUCUGGGUCUACAGACACUUUUGCUUCCACAGGAGAAUCAAAUACGAGAACACGAUGACGAUGGAACGUAUCCAUGGAAACUACUAUCCCCCUACUUUUAUUCCAGUUGCUGAUGAUUGGGAGGUUCCGUCGGAAGACGUGGAGAUAUUCUACUCUGAGGAGUUGGGUCACGGGGCCUUUGGGAGGGUGUACCGCGGCCUCCUCCACUGCCGGGAGCUGCGAGACCUGGUGACCGGGGGGAGACGCAGUACGAGGAAGAGGGGGUCCUUCGGUCAGCGGAGACUCUCGAGACGCAAGACCUCGCAGAGCAUGGGCAGUCGACUGGUGGCCAUCAAGAGACUGAGAGACAAUAUUGAUGGGGCAGACAAGGCAAACUUCCUGAAGGAGAUUGAGAUGAUAAAGAAGGUGUCUGGAGCCAACCACGACCACCAAAAGUUUGUAGUCAACAUGCUUGGCUGUGUCACCGUCCAGGAGCCAAUGAUGUUGGUACUGGAGUACGUCACUCAUGGCGAUCUCCUCACCUACCUUAGAAACUCCAGAGAAGGGGAUGAAGGAGCAACUAACCCCAAAGCAGCUCCAUACCUGGAGCCCAAGGGAGCUUAUUCCAAACUCCCUCCAAGAGCACCAGGGCAAGAGGGAGAGGGGGAGGAGGAAGAGGACCAUAAACUGACUGAAACGGAUUUGCUCAGUUUUGCACGACAAAUAGCAGCCGGAAUGGAGUUCCUGGCAAGUCUGAGUGUGGUGCACCGUGACCUGGCCUGCAGAAACAUCCUCGUCUGUGAGAACUCUCUCGUCAAGAUCUCCGAUUUCGGGCUCUCUCGGACUCUGGUGAACCAGGAGGCGUACGUCACCACAACGAAGGGGGUUUUACCCAUCAGAUGGAUGGCUCCAGAGGCUCUCUUCUAUCGGACUUUUGACACGCAGAGUGACGUUUGGUCCUACGGCAUACUUCUCUGGGAGCUAUACACUCUCGGGGGCUACCCUUAUCCAACGAUGUCUAAUCGUGACAUAAUCGACCUCCUAUCCAGGGGAUAUCGUAUGGACAAGCCUGAACUCUGCACUAAUCAAGUUUACAGUGUGAUGCUUCAGUGCUGGAGCAGUCUUGGUGUGGAGCGACCGGAUUUCCGAGAGCUCUACCUCGUGUUUGACAACAUGUUGAGCGAGUCGACUCGCCAGCAGUCCCCUUACAUCCAGGUCCUGGGCACCUGCUACUAUGACAAACUGGGCCCCAGAGUCCAAGUCGAUUCAGACACACUCGACCUUGAGAACAUUCCAGCUAACGUGGACAUGAGACAACUGACGACAAACAGUGCAGCACCCACAGCAGAGGCAGCGUUUGGAACCAGUCUCCCAGAGAAUGGGAACGGAUUCUUGAGCGUUUCUGCGGUAGCCCAGCCCCAGAGCCAAGACCACAGUGGAGCCUCUGCACCUGUUAACCAGGGGCUGGGUGUCCCACUUGAUCUCUCUCGUCCACGCUCCUGGGUGGGGACGUCGACUGCAGAGCUAGGACCGCGCUAUGUUCCAGCACCGCUCUACUGCGCUUCCCCCCACUCGAGUGUCAGUAACCUCACUCAGGAGACAACGUUUGGGAGCACUGCAGCCACCGUGAGUCCGGAACACGGACACAGACUGCUGUCAACACUCCAGAGCAGAUCAGUGGGAAGUCUUCCCUUGCUCACCAACCCUCCCGCCCUUCAUCAGACCACUCGCCUGUGAUCAUUCCCUCCAACAAUUGUUUUUAAAUGUGUGAUAAGAUGAUUUUUGUAAUCUUGCCAGUUAUUUU